AUUUGUACUUCAAACGCUACGGGUAUCGCGCUACGGUAAAGCUUAAACGCAGCUACCUUUAUACGAAUAUAUACAUAUAUACACAGUAGUUGUCAAUACAAUCGUCUUUUGCAUUAGUAACAUUUAGCUGGUGUUUUCGUGUCGAAGAAGAAAUGAAAUUUCUUGAAACUUCCGUAUUGCGCGCUUUUACACUAUUCAGCUGCGUUGUCGCACUGACAACUGCCGCCGUAAUUUGUAUCGAUGAAUCAUCAUUAAACAAUACACAAAGCGGAAAAGUCAACGAACUGCAGCGUAAAGCAGGUGAUGGCAUGGAGGUGGACGCCGCUGUACUAAACUUAACUGAUUCCAGCAACGAUUCCACUAAUGGCAGUCACCACGGCCAAAGUCAGGUUACACAAUUUUUGCAAACUGUACAGGAUACACUGGAGAAGGCUAAACCUUGGGUUGUCGAAUUGGAAAAGGAAGCCAAGCGACUGGAAGAGACCGCCAAACGGUUUGGUGAAGGUGUCAUACGCGGUCUAGGCAGUUUUGUUGAUCGUUUGAUUGGUGUAGGUAACGGCAGCGGUGGUCCAAAGCCGACACGUCAUGAACAGUCAUCAACAACAAACCCUCUACACACCUCUACGGCAGACGAUAAAACGCCUGACUUACCGACCACAACCGUUAAAGCUGUUGUUGCUGUUGUGACCGAAACUUUGGCUGCUGUGAGUGCAUUUGAUGAUGCAGAGAAUGAAAUUUCUGAGCACGAUAAUGCUCUUUGCCCCGACGGCUUCGUGGCAGAUGUAAAUGGAAUCUGUCUGCGCAAUCAUAAUUGAGUUGACAAGCUAAUCGCUUAUUAACUGGAGAGAAUACAUACUCAUAUAUACAAUAUAAGCGCGAUAAGAGAAUCAU